AUGGGUUCUCAAGGCUCAGACGCUCGGCAGAUUGAUGGGGUCGGCGGAGCGACUUCGACGACUUCCAAGGUUGCAGUGGUUUCAUCGUCGACUCGCAUGGGAGUUGAUGUUGACUACACGUUUGUGCAGGUAGCUGUAGGUCAAGAGGCGGUCGAUUUCAGUGGAAAUUGUGGAAACAUGUGCGCAGGCGUUGGGCCGUUUGCACUACAAGAAGGACUGGUGCGUGCAAGUCCCGGACAAAAGACUCUCGAUGUUCGGAUAUUCAACACAAACACGUCGCGGGUCAUCGUCGACACUGUUCAGGUAGACGAGGAUGGCUCGUUCAGCGAAGACGGAGACUACGCGAUUCCAGGUGUCGAGGGGACCGGAAGUGAAGUAAAAGUUGCUUUCGUCGACCCUGCGGGCAGUAUGACCGGAACUUUGUUUCCUACCGGGAGACGACGCGACACCAUCCAAGUGAGGGAGAAAGAUGGCAGUGGCUUCUCAGUGAAGGCCACGUUGAUCGACGCGGCGAAUCCUUUUAUCAUUGUCGACGAACGGACAUUACCACCACACCUGAAGACGGGAAGUAAAGAUACUACUGGCUAUCUCGGGCACAUUGAGUCCAUAAGACGUGCUGGCGCCGUCAUGAUGGGCCUCGCUCCCGAUAUAGACGCCGCUGCAAAGAUUCGCGGAACACCGAAGCUGGCCAUCAUAUCUUCUCCUCGAUCAGAUCGUCACCUCAGGAAAGAAAGAGCAGAUAUUCAUGUUCAGGCUUUCAGCAUGGGCAAACCCCACCCAAGCCUACAACUCACGGGCGCAGCGUGCUUAGCGUCGGCAGUAUGCAUCCAGGGCACUGUCGCACAUAGCCUUGCAUUAGAAGGCAAGUCAAUAACAUCGGCUCAUUCCCUCCUCUCGGCACAGGACACGGCGCAGAAGCUCUCGACAUCGCUAACACACGGCCUCUCCGCCUCAGACGCCUCGGCGCGCAUACACAUCCAUGGCACCAACGAACUCCCCCACGAAGAGCCCGAACCGCUCUGGCUCCGAUUUCUCAAGCAAUUCAAGGAGACGCUCAUUUUGUUGUUGCUGGGUUCUGCUGCCGUCUCCUUUAUAAUGGGCAAUUUGGAAGAUGCCGUGAGCAUUGCUGUGGCAGUGACGAUUGUGGUGACGGUAGGCUUCGUACAAGAAUACCGGUCGGAGAAGUCAAUAGAGGCGCUGAACCAACUGGUUCCGCAUUCGGCACACAUUAUUCGCGCUGGCGUAGAGCAAUCACGGGGCGGUCGCAUACCAAAUGGUACAGCAACCGAGGGCGUAGAGUUGGAGAACUUGAAAGACACCACAGCAUCGCUGGCGGCGGCAGAGCGCAAGUCGACCACCAUAUCCGCGACAUUAUUGGUACCGGGCGAUCUGGUCCUAUUCCACACGGGAGACCGCAUCCCAGCCGACAUUCGCAUCACGCACGCAGCCGACCUCAGCAUCGACGAGUCGAACCUUACCGGAGAGAACGAGCCUGUCUCCAAGUCGCCAGACAUCAUCACACAUCCCUCGGGCAUACAACGGCCAUCCUCUCCUUUCUAUGCGUCCGAAGCCGCUGGAACGGUCGGCGCUGAUAUACGGCUGAAUGAUCAGAAGAACAUUGCAUUCAUGGGUACACUGGUUAGAUCGGGCUAUGGACAGGGAAUCGUCGUCGGUACAGGAGGCAACACGGAGUUUGGCGCCAUUUCUGCUUCUCUGCAGCAAAUCGAGAGCCCGCGGACGCCUCUACAGCUUUCCAUGGACCGUCUGGGCAAAGACCUAAGUUACAUGUCUUUCGGAGUCAUCGCCUUCAUUGGACUGGUGGGACUAUGGCGCGGUUGGAAGUUCUUAGAAGUCUUUCAGAUUGCAGUGUCACUUGCCGUCGCCGCUAUUCCUGAAGGACUACCGAUUAUUGUUACUGUCACGCUUGCGCUGGGUGUGUUGAGGAUGUCUAAGCGCGACGCUAUUGUUCGAAGGUUACCCAGUGUUGAGACAUUGGCUUCAGUCAAUGUCGUGUGUACUGACAAGACAGGCACACUGACGACGAAUCAUAUGACUGUCACCAAGAUAUGGCAUUUUGACGAAUCAGCACCGGUUGACGUCAAGAAGAAGCACGAUUCAACGGACCUCGAUUCACCUACGCGAAACAUACUACGCAUCGGCAACAUUGUCAACAACGCUCGCUUGUUGAGCGACCAGGCCGCAUCAGCAUCCACUGCGGCAGUGCUAUCUUCAACUCUCGGUUGCGAUGACAACUCUGCAGCCAAGAGCCGAUGGGUUGGUCAACCCACCGAUGUUGCUCUCCUUGACUUAAUGGAUGCUUUCGGAGAAGAGGACAUCCGGGAAAUGCUCGGCGACCGCAAGUUCGAGACACCCUUCAGUUCGGAAAGGAAGUGGAUGGGGGUCGUCGUUGGCGGUAAUUCUGGCAACCACACACCCGGAUCCGACUAUGCCUAUAUCAAAGGUGCACUGGAGAGGGUUCUGGACCGCUGUGAUACGUAUGUAACGGCACAAGGGAAAGAGGUGGCAUUGGACCAAGCACGUAAGCAAGAAGCGAUCAAGGCCGCCGAUUCAAUGGCGCAAGAGGGUUUACGUGUGCUCGGCUUCGCAAGCGGUGCGUCCAAAGCAAAGAAGAGGAAUGGCGCCAGUGGCACAGCCUCACCCGCACCGUCUACCAACUCGGCACUCGGUGAUGAUGAGCAGUACCGUGGUCUUGUGUUCGCUGGCCUAGUUGGCAUGAACGACCCGCCACGUAAAGGUGUAGAGCGAGCCAUUCGGAGACUGAUGGCCGGCAAAGUCAAGGUCAUUAUGAUCACAGGCGAUGCAGAGACUACAGCAGUCGCCAUCGGCAAGAGCCUGGGUAUGCCCAUUACACCAAACUCAGCACUUGGACGCUCGGUCAUCUGUGGUGAUGAACUGGAUCGUAUGAGCGAGGAAGAACUUGCACAGGCCAUUGCGACAACCUCAAUCUUUGCGCGAACUAGUCCUGAGCAUAAGAUGAAGAUUGUCCGAGCGCUGCAAUCGCGAGGCGAUGUUGUGGCAAUGACUGGCGAUGGUGUCAACGACGCGCCCGCGCUCAAGAAAGCAGACAUUGGCAUCUCUAUGGGUCGACUGGGCACGGAUGUUGCAAAGGAGGCCGCAGAUAUGAUUCUGACAGAUGACAACUUUGCGACCAUCCUCAACGCGAUUGAAGAGGGCAAAGGCAUCUUCUACAACAUUCAAAAUUUCCUGACUUUCCAACUCAGCACCAGCGCGGCAGCACUGAGCUUAGUGCUGCUGAGCACGUUUCUUGGCUUCCAGAAUCCGCUGAAUGCCAUGCAGAUUCUCUGGAUCAACAUCCUCAUGGACGGCCCACCCGCACAAUCCCUCGGUGUAGAGCCCGUCGACCCAGCCGUCAUGGCCCUACCCCCUCGCCCACGCCAGGCCCGCGUCCUGACCCGCCCACUGAUUCAACGUGUCCUCCAAUCCGCCACCAUCAUCAUGCUCGGCACUCUAACAACCUACUAUCUCGAAAUGUCCACAGAUAACCUUGUUACCGCACGCGACACCACCAUGACUUUUACCUGCUUCGUCCUCUUCGACAUGUUCAACGCACUAACCUGCCGUUCCGCCACCAAAUCCGUCCUUGCAGGCGAGAUUGGCGUCUUUGACAAUAAAAUGUUCAAUUACGCAGUCUCGGGCAGUUUGCUGGGACAAUUAGCUGUUAUUUACUUCCCGCCACUGCAAAGCGUUUUUCAGACCGAGGCCCUGGGUUUGGGCGACCUCGCGCAUCUUGUUGCUGUGGCGAGUUGUGUGUUUUGGGCGGAUGAGGGGAGGAAGUGGUAUGUUCGGUGGAAGGGGAAGAGAGGGUAUGGUGGGGGGUAUAGCACCGUUGUCUGA